GCUGAUGAUGAGCAGUCUGAUUGGCCUGGACCUGAGCCUGGUAUAUCUGUGAUGCAUCUGACAGAUGAAGAUACAGAUCCUGAUAUAUCUUUUAAUCUUCAGCUUCCUAGAAUUCGUGGACGCCAAAAUUCAUCAAGGGAGAUCAAGGCUGGCACAAGACGACUCCGGGCCCAUAAAAUACCUUGUAGUCAGGAGCAAACAAAGAGACUUUCUCAUGCUGAAAUAGUCACCAGAUUCCUACAGGAUUCCUCCGCAUCAAGUAUCCGUGUAGCAAUGUACCGACCCUCAGACAGAACAUUGAUAUUAAACCUAGCCUCACUCUACACCUUGUCUUGGAUACAGGAGGAUACAAGUAUACUACUAACUAAGAACUGCCGUCAGCCUGCUGUAGAGUUUGCUAUCCCUGGAAUACCCAAGUCCAAGGUUGACCGCAAGAAAUUUGAACCUAAACGACAGAAAAGGACUCAACCUUGCAUCCAGGGUGGUAGUGACUCGAGAAUGGAAUUUGAACCCACUAAAGGACAAGAGCUGACACGGGCUGCUGAUCUGACAACUCCAGAACUAGUUUACACUAGGCAACGGUGUAAAAGUGGCAGCAAAUCAAGCUGACAAUAAUUAUAGAUAAAGGAAAUGCUAAGAAAGAAAAUGAUAACGGUGUUUUGGGACGUUGGAAAAGAACGCCAGAUAGAGAGAGAAGAAGAAAAUCCACUUCAUUCCAGAUUUUUGAUGCGCCAUAAUUUUACAUUUAACCUUUAUUAAAAGGUUUAUAUAAUUAUAUUUAUUUGUAAUUAGUAAGAACAAUGCUCUCCUCUUACCACAUUUUAAGAUAGAUUAAUGUUUUGUUUUUUCAAGUAGAUAUUGUUUUUAUAUCAGAAAAUUCCAUUCUCACUUAGUUUUCAAAUCCCGAUUUAAGACACUAAGUAUAUACUUUUUAAUAAACUUAAUUUAUUUUGAAAAUUUGAUUCACAUAAUAAUUUUUCUUAAGUAUUAAUUAUUCUUAUUAAAGUUUCAUAUUAGUAAGUU